GGCGGGAGGGCGAGCAGCAGCGGCCGCCGGAGCGGAGCCCGCGCCUCCGCCGCCUGAGGGGAGCUCGAGCCGCCGCCGGAGCGAUGCUGGAGGAGCCGGAGUGCGCGGCGCCGGGCGCCAGGGCAGCGGCGGCAGCCAUGGAUUCCAAAGACAGACCAGCUUUUCCAGUGAAGAAGUUAAUACAAGCUCGCCUGCCAUUCAAGCGCCUGAAUCUUGUCCCAAAGGAGAAAACCGAUGAGGGCUCAGAUGACGCGAGAAGCUGUCGGACUGCGCCUGCGCCAGGUCGUGUCCCCGAGUUAGAAACCUCUUUGGACAUCUUGGAGAGUGACUGUCACAUGGGUGCUGAUGCAGAUUUUAGGCCAAAACUUGUCAAUGGGAAGGGUCCCUUAGAUUACUUUUUAAGUAGAGACAAAGCCAGUAUUGAGCAGACCACGGUCAUCAUUGAUUUGACGGAGGACUCGAAUGACCAAACAGACAGUACUGUGGCCCACAGUGAACUAAGUGCUGCCGCCUCUCCCUCUGGGGCGCCUGUCGAUGCGGUCAGAGAAGAAGCCGGACAGGCGAGGGGGCUGGCCAAGGCCCGUCCGAAGGAUGAGCUGGCGUUUCCCGAGACUCUGGCAGACACUCCGUGCGAAACAGAGGAGGAGCAUGCUGGCUCAGGGGGCGCAGAGAGCAGGGUGGACGCGCAGAAAGGCUCACCCCAAAGCUGCCCCAAGCUGCCAGGUGGCCCGAGAACGUGCCCCAAGAAGGACCAGGACGGUUGGAGCGAAGCCGGGGGCAUCCUGUUCAGAGGGAAGGUGCCCGUGGUGGUCUUGCAGGAUAUCCUGGCUGCGAAAGCGCCUGGUGCCCAGUCUCCUCCUCGCACACCCCCCAGCCAGGCCGCGCCCUCCGAGGGCGAGGUGCUGGAGUCCAGCCCCGAAGAAGACUCUGUCCUCAGCCAUUCCUCUCUGAGCUCUUGCUCUGCCACCAGCUCCCCCGAGGGGCAGUCCGCUCCCGAAAAGCAGCGCGGCCGUGCCAGCCCCUUCCCCGCCUCCACGCCGAUCCACAGAAUAACUAAGAAAUUGGUCAAAGUUUCUGCCGAGAAGAACAGGAUGAGACUGCAAAGAGAUCAGGAGCGGCUGGGCAAGCAGCUGAAGCUGCGGGCCGAGAGAGAGGAGAAGGAGAAGCUGAGAGAGGAGGCCAAGCGGGCCAAGGAAGAAGCCAGGAAGAGGAGAGAGGAGGAGAGGGAGCUGAAGGAGAAGGAGCGGCGCGAGAGGAGGGAGAAGGACGAGAAGCAGAAGGCGGAGAAGCAGCGGCUCAAGGAGGAGCGGCGCAAGGAGCGGCAGGAGGCGCUGGAGGCGAAGCUGGAGGAGAAGAGGAAAAAGGAAGAGGAGAAACGGUUGAGAGAAGAAGAGAAGCGCAUUAAAGCAGAGAAGGCCGAAAUCACGAGGUUCUUCCAGAAACCAAAGACUCCACAGGCCCCCAAGACCCUGGCCGGCUCCUGCGGCAAGUUUGCCCCUUUUGAAAUUAAAGAGCACAUGGUCCUCGCCCCUCGGUGUCGGACCGCCUUUGACCAAGACCUCUGUGAGCAGCUGGACCAGCUCCUCCAGCGGCAGAGCAGCGAGUUCUCCUUCCUGAAAGAUCUGAAAGGCCGGCGGCCCCUCAGGUCGGGGCCCACUGUGGUUUCCACCCGCAGCACGGGCAUCGUUAACAGUGACGUGGUGAUCGUGGAGAGCGGCAAAGUGGACGGCGUGCCUGACAGGAAGCAGUUCGGCAGGAUGAAGCUCCUGCAGUUCUCCGAGAACCACCGGCCAGCGUACUGGGGGACGUGGAACAAGAAGACGGCGGUCAUCCAUCCAAGGGACCCCUGGGCCCAGGACAGGAAGCUCCUGGACUACGAGGUGGACAGCGAUGACGAGUGGGAGGAGGAGGAGCCGGGCGAAUCCCUCUCCCACAGUGAAGGGGAUGAUGAUGAUGAAGUGGGAGAGGAUGAAGAUGAAGACGAUGGUUUUUUUGUGCCCCAUGGGUACCUGUCCGAGGACGAAGGAGUAACCGAGGAGUGUGCCGACCCUGAGAACCACAAGGUCCGGCAGAAGCUGAAGGCCAAGGAGUGGGACGAGUUCCUGGCCAAGGGGAAGCGCUUCCGCGUGCUCCAGCCCGUGAAGGUCGGCUGCGUCUGGGCCAGCGAGCAGGACGGCGGCGCCGACCUGAAGCUGCUGCGGCAGUUCACGGCGUGCCUGCUGGAGGCCGCGCCCUCCGAGGAGGAGCAGGCGCCCAAGGCCUCCAGGAGGGAGAAGAGAGACCAGCAGAUCUUGGCGCAGCUGCUGCCGUUGCUGCAUGGGAACGUGAACGGGAGCAAAGUGAUCAUCCGAGAGUUCCAGGAGUGUUGCCGCCGCGGGCUGCUCAGCAAGGACGCUGGCAGCCCCGAGAGCAGCUCCGCCAGCCCCCCGAGCCCCGGCUCCUCCCGCCCGCAGACCCCCACCGCCGGCGAGGAUGCCACCGUCCCCUCCAAGGCCAGGCUCAAGCGGCUUAUUUCUGAGAACUCGGUGUACGAGAAGAGGCCUGAUUUCAGGAUGUGCUGGUACGUCCACCCGCAGGUCCUCAAGAGCUUUGACCAGGAGCACCUGCCCGUCCCGUGCCAGUGGAGUUACGUCACCAUGGUGCCCUCGGCCACCAGGGAGGACAGUGGCAGCGUCCUGCCCACGGGGCCCGUGCAGGGGACGUCCGUGUCGCUGAAGCGGAAGUCGGCGGGCAGCAUGUGCAUCACCCAGUUCAUGAAGAAGCGCAGGCACGACGGGCAGGUCGGAGCUGGGGACCUGGACGGCUUCCAGGCGGACACGGAGGAGGAGGAGGAAGAGGACGGCGACUGUGUGAUGAUGGACAUCUCGGCCAUUGGGGAGGUCCAGGCCCCGUGCGGAACCACUUCGGGAGCCGGGGGCCCCGUGGGGCUGGACGGCAGCCCGAGCCCUGUGCCCGCCAGCGCGCUCAGCCCCUCCUGAGCAGCCGCCUGGCCGUGCGCAGGCUGGUUAGGGUUCCUCCGACGCCCCUCCGAUACUUGAAAGCCCUGGUUCCUGUGUAAAGAGCACUUUGUCCCGCGUCACAGACCUCCGCGGAGGUUUGGAAAGUUUUAUAUAGGAUGCUUGAUUAGUUCUCGAUCUCUGUAAAAAUCCCCCAGAGCUACAUAUCAACCCGCCCUCUAAUAAAGCAUUAUUGCCCCGCGGGGACCUGCUCGGGGACGGCCAGCCUGGCCUGCGGACCCGAGCGGACGCCGGACGAGAUGCUUGUGGAUGAAUUGUCCCGUGUGCUGCGGUGUGGCGCCGGGCCGGACAUGGAUGUGUAUAAACCUGCUGUCUCCCCCGAUCCGCGUGUCUGUCGUCCUUCACACGCGUCGUUUCUGCGAGUGCGCUCCAGCCGCACUCGGUGCUGCGCUGUCGCUGUCCGGGGUCCGCUCCCCCGCCCCCUGGGGCGCCCUGGCGUCCGUAUGAAGGGUUACACUGUGGUGCUCUCCCCUCUCUUUGCUGUGGAGUCCUUGGCCUCCCGCCCACCCGGUUCAAGAUUCGGGUGGUGACGCUGGGCAGCGCCCCCUGCCCCUCGGGGAGGCGAGGACCUGAGUCCUGGCUUCCAGAGCCAACUGGCCCAGCCCACACCUGAGGAGGAGCGGAACCCGCCAAGGACGCCGGAGCAGCCCUGCACUGGGGCUGGGAGCCCCCCGAGGCGUCUGAGUGCGUGCUAACACCCAGGGGAGCCGAGACUCGGGGAGAGUUCAGACGCCAUCCCACCUGGACCCCGGUCCUCGUUUCAUCCCCGCUGCCCCCGGGAGAUGAGCCAGCUGACGCGUCAGCACACAGAGCACCUCAGCGGUGAGCCAGACCCCGCCAGGCCUGUGUCCUUCAGGGGCCCCCAGCCCCCAGGCCCCAUCUGGGCGGGGCUGACAAAGGCCCCCUGCAGGCUGAGGGCCCGGCCCGGGCCCUGCCCCACCAGGCAUGCCGCUGGCGGUGGCUACAGCUGUGUCUAAGGGCAGGCCCGUGGACCACACCUGGGGCCGCGACCGCCGAACCAGGCAAGGCCCCUUAACCCGCUGCAGGUGGCCACCUGACAACCUGCAGGUGGGGACAGGGGGGCGAUGUGGGCGCUGAGCGCCAGGCCCAGGUCCUGCUCCCGUAGGAGAACCCAGCUGUGAAGCACAGCCACGUGUGGAGGCUGCUCACCGGCGGGGGGUUGGCAAGACUGUUGGUUUUGGAGUCACAUUUGGGGCCUUGCAGCAUCGAGUCUGUCCAUCACCCAGCUGGCGGUGGCCACAGGACCAGCCACCUCAGGUCUCCGUGCAGCAAAGGGUGGAGAAGGGCCCAGAGCCGGGGGCCAGCGGGGGGAGGAGGAGGGGACAGUCUGGGCGAGUGCCUGUGGCGCUCCAGGCCUUGGCUCCCCGUUUGUGGGCUUCCUGUGGCCGCUAGAACAAGUCACUGCAGACUCGGUGACUUCACAUGAGCGUGUUCUUUCAGUCCUGGAGAUGAGAAAGAAGUCUGAUAUGGGCCCCACUGGGUUAAACUCCAGGUGUGGGCAGGGCUGGGGCCUUCUGGAACCUCCGGCGGGAAGUCCGUCUCCACCCCUUGGCCAGCUUUCGGAGGCGCCCGCUCUCCUUGGCUCGAGGCCCCUGCCUCCUUUGAAACCUGCAGUGCAGCGUCUUCCAUCACUUCCUCCUCCUUCCACGUGUGACGACCCGUGAUGGCAUGGCCCUCCGGGACAGCCACCCGGGACGGCCUCCCCGUCUCAAGGUCCUGCAUCACAUGCAAAGUCCCUUCUGUCACAGGCUCCAGGGCUGAGGACACGGACAACCGAGGGGAACCCGCUCUGCUGAG